CGGCCUCAUCUCGCACUCGUCUUCUCUCUUCACCUCAUCCUCUCCGUCCUACACCAGCACGGGACUACGCGGGUCGCCGCGGAAGGUGAUUUACUCGUCUGCUUACUCGCCUCAUCGCUGCGCGAUCUUCACAGGACAUUGACGAUACGGCGAGACGGGGGGCACGAUGGAGUGGUUGACUUUCCCUGCCUGCACUGAGCAGGAUCUUCACUCCACCUGUCAGGGUCACUUCCAGUAGCCAUGCUCGCUGAGACAACCCCCAGCGACCUUACGGCCGCCUCUCUCUCUCUCGCGUGAUCUCCAGUGCCCAUGCCCUGAGGGUGCGUCCCCCGCCCCCACCCGGCCCCCUUCGUGUGUCUACCCGGUGAGACCGGAAGCUGGAAGGACAUGCGACAUGGCACUCUUGCCCGCGCCCCGUCACAAGGUAUACGAGCAUCGGUACUCUUGCCGGAAAGACGCGCUCUAUUCCUGCCGCCAUGGUCUUGGCGUGACUCUCCCUCUCCUCCUCAUGCUGGGAAAGGAAGGAGGGGGGGUAUUCGCGCCAUCCACUCUCUGCGAAAUGAACGAGUGUACGACGGCCGGCGCGCAUCUGCGACCGUCGUGGUGGCUAACGCUCUGCUUGACGGAAUCGUCGUCGUCAAUGUCGAGGUUCAUUGGUAAGCUUUAAGCAGCUCCUGUACGGUAGCGAAUUCGCAGGCACGACGGCAGUGGCCGCGCAUGGGUACGACGACGCCGAGAGGAUGCUCUUGGAGAAAGUGACGGGCCUAUGAGUCGGUGUGAAGGGCGCUAAUGGCGUAUCGCCUCGUACACCGCAGCGGAACUCGGGGAAAGGAAGCGUAACGAGAGCCUCCAGUCAUGAACUCGUGCUUCUUGUAGGUGUACACCCCCUGCGUCACCCAGCGCGCAUGUGACUACGUGCACGGUGCAGCAGCCGGGUUGCAUCGCUCCUCGGCUGUGUUCAGUGUGGGGUGGGGUACCACACCCUCCUCGAUGGGGCGUAGGGGGUGACAAAUAUCGCCCGCUACCGUGUCGCCGCCCCCCCCCCCUGCUGCACCACGACGGUCCCGCCCCUGGCGUCAUCGACCCGUCGUGCCUCCCCCGCAUCCACUGCGAAAACCGUAGCCACCGUGUGCAACGGGCAACGUAGAGGUUCUUGUGUCGGGCGGCGGUGCAGUAGGCAGUUGUCCUGGCUGCCCUCGGCAGUGAUCGACAUCACGCCGCCGUCACCGCGGUAGUGUUACCCUUAGUUGAAGUAAGGUUCCUCCAUGUGCUCUCGGUAGUACCGGUGCUGACCGCAACCGUGCUUGCCCCUACAAAUUAUCUCGCCCUCUUUCGCCAACUGGAUUUGCCCGGCAAAGGGGGUAUGUGAACUGGAAGGAGGUGCGGCACUUUGUUCUCUCCUGAGAAGGCUUUAGCUAGCCACUCUCCUUCUGGUGGCUGGGUGAGUUCCAGCGUGACAUGUGCACCUGCAAGCGCAGCGUAACGCUGCAGCUACGAUCCUUUCACGACUGUGAAUACGUGCUGCUGCACGCUGAGAAUCUGUUCUAGUCUCGGCGAGACGAUGUGUCAAGUGUUUGUUUCGGGUACCUCUGCGUGUGUUCGCGUGUGCGUGCCUGGGCUGCGGCUGCUACACCCAUCGAGCAGGAUGUGCGCGUCGUUGCGAUGUGCCGCGCUGCUCUGCCGUUUUUUCUUUCCCGUUGGCCUCUGCUGACUCUCCUGAUGAUGUCUGAGCACCACCUGGCAUGAGGGGCCCAGCGUUCGCUGUUUGUAGGAGAGUCGUACAGCCUGCCGCCGGCCGUUGGUUAUUCAUUGCGAGCUCUUGGUGCUGGCGGAAAGCCCUGGGCCGAUGUGCUGCCGGCGACAGCUGCGGUCAUGACGAUCGCGCUCGGACCUGUCGACCACGAAUUGUGUCGGUGGUUCAGCGACUAGGCGCCUCCGCCCACCCUUUUUCUGUCGUUGCACUAUUACGAUGGUGGCUGAGCAACUCCAAAAUGAGUUUGGUCGCCCCAGUUCGUUGGCAGAGCCGUGGUGCGGCAGCGGCAGAGGCGAAGUGUGGCUGUACGCCCCUACGUGUGGACCUCUUCGUUGUUGAGCGGAUGCGUUGAGGCGAGCGAAACAAACAAAGGGCCGCUCGCCCACACUGCGCGCCCCACUGCCCCCGUCUCUCUCCCUCUCUCUCUCUACUCCGAGCACUGUCUCGCGCGUUUCCCGAAUAACGAGUGUGCGCAUCCCCGCAGUGGGCGACAUUACCAGUCGCCUGUGCCGGUGAGCUCAGUAGCUACCGAGAGGACCAGAAGAGGGUGGGGACAAGACGGGUGCAUUGCUUUGGCGCCUAGUUAG